GUGGUCCCACAAGGCAUGGGGAUGUUGAUAAGUCUUGAAUAUCUUGAUUUGUUAUUUUGUCCAAAUCUGAAAGAGAUUCCAACAGGAAUAUUACUUAACCUUUCCAGUCUCCAGUAUUUGGCAGUUUGUUGUUUGCGAGAAACUACAAUAGUGAGAAAUUUUGAAGAGGUUACUAGACUGAAGAAGUUGGAGACUUUAGAAUGUAACUUUGAUGACAUACAAGACCUCAAUUAUUUUGUCAACAAGUUCAAAGAUUUCCAAAGGGCUAUUGCUUACAGUCUUCUAGUUGGGAAUGGAGAAGACAUGCUUAGAAGGAGCAAACAUGAGCUUGUAAUUACUGAUUGCGAGAUCGGGGAAGAAGGUAUAGUGCUUCCAAAUAAGCUUGAAGAUUUGUGGAUAAUUAGGCUUAAAAACAUGGGAAGCAGCUUAAGCAAAAUAGCUCUGUUAGAAAAAGCAAAUGAGUUGAGGGCAUGCAAUAUUAGCUGUUGUGAAGAGAUGAAGUGCGUGGUUGAGUUGGACUCAUCCUCCUCCUCCUCCUCCUCAUUGCGUUGUCCAGUAUUUGAUAAGCUUGAAGAGCUGUGGCUUUUGCAAUUGCCUAGGUUGUGUGAACUUGUGAGAGUGGAAGGAGAAGCAACACCACCGCACGUCUUUUCCAAUCUUAAAAAGCUUUAUGUAGUGGAAUGUUCGGGAAUAAGGAAGUUGCUUCCACUUGAGCUACUGCAGACCCUCCAAAACUUAGAGGCGAUUUUUGUUCAUGAUUGCCGUCAAAUAGAGGAGAUAAUAGCAUCAUUAGAUUCGGAUGCAUCAUCAUCGGAUAAAUUCACUUUCACUUUUCCUAAGUUAAGGGAAUUGUGCUUGUGGGACUUACCCCAAUUGAAGAGCAUCUGCAGUGCCAAAGGAGUUAUGGUUUGUAAUUCUAUUGAAACAAUUCAAAUAGGUGAAUGUCCGGAGUUAAAGAAGAUCCCUGUGCAACUUCCCCAACUUGGUAACGGCCAACCAUCUCCUCCUCCUCAUCUCAGAAAAAUCGAGAUAGGUGAAGAGUCAAAAGAAUGGUGGGAAUCACUGGAGUGGGAUCAUCCUAACACUAAGAACCUCCUUCAACCCUUCUUGAAAUAUAUUUAGAUAACCGUGGGAUUGAGGAUUGAAGUGAAGAGCUGCAAACUACAAAUGUAAAGCCACGUGCCACCUCAAUAACACGUGCCAAUAAAAGCAUUUCCACAGUUCCUUCAUUCCGCCCCCAAUGAAAACAAUUGGGUAUCCUAGAAGAGAAAGCGAUGGAUGUGUCUGAGAUGGAAAACCUAAGUGGGUAUAUUCUAGAAGACAAAGAUAUCCCCAGCCUCUGCUCCCUCACAAGCUCCAACCAUUCCAGAGAAAUCAUCAACUUUCCCAAUAAAUCACAAGCCACCGACAACAUGUUCCGGUAAAAGCCCUUACUCAAUAACGAAAAGAUUGGCUGGAAAAUUACGUGCUAAACUGAAGAAUCAGACCUCAAAGAAAGUGUGAAACAUCCAAACACUAGGUAUGCUAGCUCCGGUAAGGCCUCAAGGAGAGGAAGUUUUUAGGUUUCUGGGUUACUAAGCUUAAAGUUUUGUACAAGGGGACGUUUCUGAUAAAAAUUAGCAUAAUUUUCUGGCUUCCUACAAGUGGCUGAGUUGCUUCUUUUUGGUGUCAUGAAAUGUUGCAAAGAGGUCACUCACGGAGCUUGUUUGGAAAACAUGGCAGUGGGUUGGAAAUAGUCUAUACCUUGCCUUCUCGGUUGAUGAGCAGUCUUCCAAGUUACCAUAUAAGGCUUCUUAGAGGACUUAAACUCAGGAGUACAAUGCAUCAAUUGAGUCCUACUAGGCUCCCUUCAUGGUGGAGUCUGAUUCAUACCUUGAAACAUAUCAUACUGUCCUGAGAUGGCUAGUGAACCUUGCUGCUAUAACCAAACAUGGCAGGAGCUAGGAAGGAGUUGACGUGUUAGUGUUUGAGAGCUAUAUCUAAUGGAUGCACAGGUGUAACAAGCCUCAGAUCAAUGCUAUGAAUUGAAUUGAAGAGGAAAGGGAGGGAGAUAGGCCAUGGCAGUUGAACUUAACCAGCAACAGGAGGUAUAUUAGGGAGAUUGAACUUGUGAAACAUGCAGACUUUUACAAGUUUCACUCAUCUGUCUCUUUUGGGAUAUACAACACAGGAAGUGAAGUAGGAAAGAAGAGGAUUUAGUAAGAGAUUGGCCACCAUUUGCCCCAGUUGUUCAUAAUGAUAUUGCAAAUGAUAUGCUGAUUUAUUGACAAAAGUUGAUGUUUAUUGCCCUUCCAUCAUUCUUAGCAUGCAUCAAAGGGGAAAGAUGGAAGCAUCAUACUGGGGAAUUGGAUCUCGUCUUCCCAUCAUGGUGACAGUUCGCAACAUCUUACAAGAACUAAAGAUCAAACAUUACUGUUUUGAACAAAUACACAAUUGUCAAAAUAUCAAAAACAUGUUCAUAUCUGUUUAUGCCUUAUGGUGAACAAAAGGGAAAAACUCUUGAGAGGAAACAGAGAUUUGACCCUAAAGAUUUUGCUAAUUGUGUUUUCAUUGGUUCUUACUGGGACUACUUAAUACAUGGAAUGAGAUUAU